AAAAAAAAGAAUUUCACAAAAGACUGCUUUUUUCUUGCUAUUGCUUUUUCUCUAUUUAUCCUAAACUGAUGCAUGUCUUUUUUUUUUUGUUGAAAGAAAGGUUCAACUAAGCUGGUGGAAAAGAAUAAAGAUGUGCCUGAUGUCUUUUUAAAUGACGUAUGGACUAAAGUGUGUUUUUAAGGGAGUGUCUAUAGUACAGCUGCUAUACAAAUCUUCAUUUCCUAUUCUGGUUUCUUUUUUUUUUUUUUUUCUCUUUUCGUAAGUGAAAAAGAAUGCAAAUGCAAAAACAAAAACAUUUACAACAGCGGCCUACAACGACAAGUCCAGUGCCGCCUACGCUGAAUGUGUCACUGUCCAGUCGUUCUGACAGCUUUAGACAUGGUGAUUCAGACACAUCAUUGUUUGAAAAGCCCUCCAAACAGACAACAACAACCAUAAAGGGCAGCAUUAUCGAUACUUCACAAAACAUUCUAUUUACAACCACUUCUCUAAAACGGGCAGUAGGUAGAUGCAUAAGCUAUACAGAUAAUGAUAGCUUACAGGCUACAUUCACGCCUAUCUUGACAAAAGCAAAGGCGGCUACGGAAAGACUCGGUCAGAUUUUAGACUUGAUAGAAGACGAUAAAGAAACAGUGCAUAAUCUCAUACAAUCAACAGCACAAUGCAUAUCUGCACUCAAGGAGCUAUGUUAUAUACUCACGACCAGACUCUCUAUCAUUGUCCAAGGUCUGGAUUCUAAAUUUUCACGCCACCUGUUGAUUCACCUAUACAGUGCAACCGUAGACAUCAAAGAAGCUUGGCAGAUCAUUAGUCCAUACUUGACCAUAGACCCAUUAAGCAUAGUGCCAAAUAAAGCAAACUUAUCUAGGAAUAGAUCAGAUAGUGAGGCACAUUCACCAUUUGUGUCACCACUUUGUUCUCCUUAUGGAGAUAAUAAACAACUCUAUACCUGUUUGAAAAAUGCGGUAACAGGAUCAUUCCAUGUCCUAAACACACUACGGCAAUCUAUUGAAGAGACACUCAAUUCAUCGGUCAUCCCCAGUCUGGAGCGAAAGCUGAAAGAAUUGCUGCGUCAAGCACAGUACGUGACUGACCUUGCCCAUAAGCUCGAUAAAAGUAUAGAUUCACGUAUCAACAAGGACGAAUACUUUUUAAAUAAACAGCAAAAUAGAAAGUUUUGGGAAGAUACGAGUAUCUACUUGAAGGCUAUGGUCAGUCUUAUGACCUUGAUUCGGUCUAUAUCCAAAGAAGAAGACUUUGUUUGGCCACGGACAGUAAAGCAAGGCUGCUUGUACGUUACAAGAAUUACGGCAGAAGUAGCCAAACUAUGGAAUAAUUCUAGUACAUUUGCACAAGAUGGAUUCUUUCUAGGGAAAGCAGAAAGAAGCACAAGCAUAUCAGAACAAGAUAUACCCAUGCCACGUAGAAAUACAUAGCAGUUAUUUAAUAUAAAACAGAGAAUUAUUCUAAAGGAACACUUGCCCGUUAUUGUGUUAUAUAUACACUUUUAUAGUGUGUCUGUCUUUUAUAUAGAUUUUUUUUUUUCUUUUUUCUUUUU